GUAAAUCAAGUAAACAUCACUGACAAAUUUGUGAAGAUAUUUUUAAUAACUGUUAAUUCGUUGAAACACAAAUAAUUAGCAGUCGGAGGCUUUGAAAUCAGCUCGUCAAAAAUUCCAGUCAGUGGAAUCUGAGGCAUCGAAGAGCUCAGAGUUGUUAAAAGGGAAGCUGGAGGAAUAUUACUGAAAAGUCGCUGAGCCUGCUAACGACAGAUACCCCAGCGUUGCGUGUGGCGUCCUCCCUCUCUUGGGGUGCAGUACUACGAUGCCGUUGAGGUCACUCAAACCCCCAGAACUGAGCCUCUACUUCAGUCAAUCCUCUUUGGUCCCCUCCAUGUGCGCAUUAACAUAACCUCUCACUUCAAAAAAGUUCCCACAAACUGCAUUCGCUUUAAAAAUCUCGUUUAAAUAAAUUGACUGAGCCACAGCAGUCACUCCCUUCUCACAACGAUUUUCAGUGAGUUAUCACCUUUCCAUUAUCAGUGAUAAAAAACAUGUGAAAACUCGUCCUUCAUGUCGAGAACUCCAGUGUUUAUAAUCGCACUAACUAGUUGACUAACAAUUCCCUGUGAACAAGACUAACGAAUUAAUAAAAUAGAACAAAAGAAAAAUGGGAGAUUCGGACUCAGAGGCAAUAGCAGGUCCUUCAGGUCCUGUGGAUGACGCAUGGUCCAUGAAAAUUCCAGCCUUCACCCGAGUGGACAAUCCAAAUCGUCUCCUGGAGGAGAGUUCCUUCGCCACUUUAUUCCCCAAGUACCAGGAGAAAUACUUGAACGAGUGCUGGCCCCUGGUGCAGAAGGCCCUGGAGGAACACGGAAUAAAAGCUGAGCUGGACCUCAUCGAGGGCAGCAUGACAGUUAGGACGACGAGGAAAACCUGGGAUCCCUACAUAAUUAUCAAGGCCAGGGACAUGAUUAAAUUGAUGUCUCGUAAGGUACCUUUUGAGCAGGCAGUUAGAGUACUCAAGGACGACGUCAGUGCAGACAUCAUAAAGAUCUCGUCUUUCGUCAGGAAUAAGGAGAAAUUCAUCAAGAGAAGACAGAGGCUCAUCGGACCCAAUGGAUGCACCUUGAAGUCCAUUGAAUUACUCACAGGGUGUUACGUAAUGGUUCAGGGUCAAACAGUGGCUGCUCUAGGUCCAUACAAAGGUCUCCAACAGGUGAGAAGGAUUGCAGAGGACACCAUGAAGAACAUCCAUCCGAUUUACAACAUUAAGGCAUUGAUGAUCAAACGAGAAUUAAUGAAGGACCCUAAAUUGAAAAAUGAAAAUUGGGAGAGAUUCCUCCCCAAGUUCGCCACGAAGAAUCUUUCCAAGAGGAAACAACCCAAGGUGAAGAGAGAGAAGAAGCCCUACACACCGUUCCCACCUCCACAGCAGGAGAGUAAGUUGGACAAACAACUGGCCAGUGGUGAAUAUUUCCUUAACAAGGAGCAGAAGAGGAUGAAGCAGAAGAAGGAGCUGGAUGCCAGGCACGAGGAGGCGGAGAAGAAGAGGCAGGAGAAGCGGGCAGAGGCAUUUGUUCCCCCUGAGGAGGAGAAGAAAGUCGAGAGUAAGGGAAAGAAGAGGAAAGUUGAUGUUAAUGUUCAGGAAAUUAAAGAUAAAGUGCAAAAAGGACUCAAGAAGAAGAGAAAGAAGGCGUAAAUCCUCUUGUUUAGUAAUUAAAUUGUUUUGAAUAAAUUACGUGUCAAUAUUACCCUAUCGACUCGUUAUGAAAGAAUAUAUUUCAUUUU